AUGCGGAGACUGCUGGGCAGCAGCUGGAGGAAGUUUGGACACGCCGGCAGGGGGUCGUAUGAGUGGUUAACCAGUGAACCAAGCCUGCCUCUCCUGGAGACCCAGCUGCAGGGCACCCAGAAGGUAAGGUCCACCCAAGAUGAUGUGGAGCCCUUCUUAUGCAUCCUCCUCCCAGCCACCAUCCUGCUCUUCCUGGCCUUUCUGCUGCUGUUCCUGCACCGCCGCUGCAAAUCUCCACAGCCCCAAGGGCAGGUGUUCAGCAUCGACCUCCCGGAGCACCCAGCUGCAGGAGACAUGACUGACUUCCUGCCUGGCUUACUACGGAGCAGUGAGCAGAACGUGCCCUACUCACCACUGCCCCGGGAGGGGGCCCUCCUCUCUGUGUGCUCACCACCCUCCUACGAAGAGGCCACCAGGAAUCCUCCCGGGGAAGAGACCCUGAGUCGUGUCCUUUGGCAGGAAGCGGGGUCAACUGGACUGGAGAAGCAAAAAUAA